AUGCAAAAUCAAAUAGAUACAAUAGCAGAUAACCUCCAUUUAGGUCAUCAAAACAAAGUAAUCAGCUAUGCAAAGGAGUUGUACAGAAAGAGUGUAUUAAAGAUUAGAAAUCUUGGACAAGGUGAGGUUUGUAGGCCUGCUGCAUGUUUAUUAUUAUCCCUUCAAUCAAAAACACAAUUAGUAAAUGAUGAUCUUGUCAAGGCAUUGAUAGAUUCAACAGGAUCGAAUGAAACAUUCUUUUUUGGUGCUGUUAGAUCUGUUCAAAAUGCAUUAGAUAUAAAGUAUGUCGACAUAGAAGUGAUUAUUAAUAUUCAUUGUCCGAGUGCACUUGUACUAAUGAGACAUUUAUCUGUGACAGAUAUUGCAAAUGAAUUUAAAUUACCAGAAUUGAUUGAACAGACAGAGAAUCUAUUAGGUCUGUACAGGCAAAAGUUGUUGGCAGGCAUUGAAGAGUUACAAAGACAAUACGUUGAUUUUGAGAACGCAGAGUAUACAUCGGCCGCCUUUUACGUCAUGACCCAACAAAACGACAUUACAAUAGAUGUACCAAAGUUGGCAUCUUUUAGCAAGAUAUCGCAACAACAAUUCCAAAACAUUGUCAAUAGCAUUACAAGCACUUGUUAUCAAGGCAGUGAAGCUCCCAUCAAAGUGCCAAAAACAGUUAAAUUGUCUCUAAACUCUGGAAAGAAAUCACCAAAAAGAGUUGGAGUUGGAGCUGGAGUUGGAAUAGGUGUAGGUGUGUCUAAAUCGCCAACCAAAGUAUCACCACAAUCACCAACAAAAGUAUCACCUAGAUCACCUACCAACAAAUCAAUAACAUUUAAUAAUAAUAAUAAUAAUAAUAAUGAUGAGAAUAAUAGUAUCAAUCUACCACCAUUUUCAAUUUCUAAUCAAAUUUCACCAGAAUUGACAAAUAAUAAUGAACAACAACAACAACAACAACAACAACCAAUCGACCAAACAACGACAACAACUCAUUCAAACCAAGAUUCAUUUGUAAUUGAUAUUGACAAUGAUAAAGAAACAACAACAACAACAUCCCAAAGUCAACAAUUACCAAUCAUAAACAAAGAUGGUAAAAUGAGUAUAGAAGAAGAGAAAAAAUUAAUUAAAAGACAAAAAGAUCAACAAUACGAUGAAUGGAAAUCAUCUCAACUCUCCAAACCAAAACCAACCAUUUCAACAACUGCCACCAAGCAAUCAACUCUUGAUUCAUUUUUUACAAUCAAAAAAUCUUAA